AUGGUUAAUAAAUUCCCUGAACUGGACGGUUUAAUGGAUGGGCCUUUCGCUGUGCGAGAAGGUCAUGGAGGAGGGAUCCCAGGUAAGAAAGUGACAGACUUUUACUCCAAGGUCAGCGUAGGAUACCAUUUGGAUGUUAAUGUAGUUUAUCCUUCUUUAUUUACCAGCUUGGUUCUCACACCGGAGGAAUAGAAACCUCAGGUCCCUUGAUGCUCACACUGGUACUGAGCCCUCUGAGCUUCCUGAUGUCCAGAGGAAUCAAUACUCUGUGUCCAGCCGAUUGGCAGGUAGGUUCCCGCCCGUGAAGAUGACAGAAACACGUAAGAAAGUGACAGACUUUGAAUUAGCGUAGAACAGUAUUGUUUGUAGUGUAUACUAUUUUAUUUUGUGUAAGUUGUUGUAGUCAGGCUGCAGUCUAAGAAACUCAAAAGAAACAGAACAAAACCAAAACAAAGCAUGAAUGCCAGAACUGAUAGGCUGAGUGGUUAAAUUCAAGGUUAGCUUUGGUCGUCUUACUUACAAACAGUAAACUGGUCAAACAGGACUUGUACUGGACUAGUACUGGACCAGUACAGUAUAGACACUGUCCUGAGGUUGCGAAACUUAAAUGUCUCAAUAUUUGUGAGUAAAACAUCAACAGUAAAUGGUAAGAAAGUGACAGACUUCAACAUACACUCCAGAUUCAGGGUAGGAUGCUAAUUGAACUUUGUUUUUGUGUAUCCUUUGUUAUUUACCAGAAAAUCCCCAAAAUGUGCCGAUAAUACUCCCACAACCUCGUCCUGCUCUCCUUGCUAAUGAAUUCCCUGAACUGGCUGGUUUAGAGGAUGGGUCUUCCUCUGUAAGGAAGAUUCACAGAUCGUGGUACCGAAGUAAGAAAGUGACAGACUUUUAUGUACAUUUUAAGGUCAGCGUAAGAUACCAUCUGAACGGUAAUGUGGCGUAUCCUUCUUUAUUGAGCAGACAAGUUUAGAAGAAUAAAGGAAAGUCACCUCAAAUCCGAUGAUGCUCACACUGGUAAUGAGAUCAUUGAGCUUCCUGAUGUCCAGGAGAAUCAAAAAUCUCCGUCGAGCUCAUUGGAGACAACAGAAACAGGUAAGAAAUUGACGGACUUUGAAUCAGUGUCACAUUUCAAGGCUAUGGUUUUAAUUACUUUAAUGUUGGCUUAAAUAAUAUAUUACCUGAUAUCUUAUGAUUGUACUUACCUUUGUUGGAUUCAAAGUGCAUGCAUUGUCAGAUAUAUAUGCACAGACCUGAAUUCAUAUAUUAUUUAUAGACCUGAAUUCAUUUAUUACCUCUGGCAUCUUUUUUUAUCUGAUGAUUUGUUACUCUGAAAUAUAGUCUGAUGUGUGUCCAAAUAUUUAUUUUUUCAACUUAAUACUCUAGAAAUUUGUCACAAGAAGAUAAUUGUCUCAAUAUUUGUGAGUAAAAUAUCAAAAGUAACUGGUGAGAAGGGACAGACUUUUACGUACACUCCAAGGUCAGUGUAGGAAUGCCAAAUGAACUGUAUUGUAGUGUAUCCUUCUUUACUGAGCAGACAAUAACAGGGAUCUGGGGAUAGAAACCCACCGUUUUCAUGAUGUUCUCACUGAAAAUGAAUUGUCUGAGCUUCCAGAUGUGAAGAAGGAACGUCAAGUGAUAACCAUAAUACAAGAACCAAAAGGUAAGAAAGUGACAGACUUUUACGUUCACUCCAAGGUCAGUGUAGGAUGCCAUUUGAACUGUACUGUGGCGUAUCCUUCUUUAUUUACCAGAUUGGAUCGGAAAUGUGAUGACUAGAGGCCGCGGUGUCGGUAAACAUUACAUUUGUAAAAAGAUCCCUGAGCUUCGCUGUGUCAAGAAGAAUCUAGACUUUCUGUCGAGCUCAAUGGAGAAAAAAAAACAAGGUAAGAAAGUGACGGACUUUGAGUGGUUACAUGUAAUCCCAUAUCCAGACCGACAACGCCUCACAUUAACUUUUAGACAGCUGAUAAUUUGGAUAUUAUUAUGUGUCUUGUGUUACUCUACUGUAUGUGAACAAACAACGUGUUUGAAAAGUUUGGAUUUAUGCAGGUUUACUCGUCUUUAGUUCUACUUUUCUUUGCUGUUACCUUCAGACAGAGUUAGCAGUUAUAGUUCUGUUGAGGGUCCAGGUGGAUCAGGGAUAGACCAUGAGGUUUUUCUGUGUAAAUGAUAAAUCCAUAACUAGGAAGUAUUUCUCAUCUAUACUAUUAGAUAAACAGUCAGGAGUCUGUCUGAUGUGUGCGUGCUUGCGUGUGUGUGUGUGUAUUUGUGUGUUCCCUCUGCACUGUGAUUGGGCAGCUCCCUCCUGAACUGGCUCCUACCUCCACCUUCACACCUGUACUGAAUCACAGUAAUCAGUGUUUACAGCCCUGCUGUGAGUUUUCUUGAGUAUCCUUCUUUGUGUGUUUAAUCUGUGACUAAUUUUGCUGUCCUGCGUCUCUUCCAGUGCCUCCAUGAGCCCCCCGGUGCUGCAGCCCAAUCCCUGCCACACUCUCUCCUCUGGUUCCCUCUUGAAUCCCUCCCCUUUACCUGAUUCCCUUCAAUAAAUUCACUUAUCUGCUUUAUCUGCCUCUGUGUGCUUUUGGAUUUAAAUUAAAACACCCGGUUUUUCAAAUCGUAGCAUAUAUUAGAAGGUUCAGGUGUGUUGUAAAUGGAUCAAGUGAGCAGGAUGUGAUAACAAACAGUACAAGAGAGCCGUAUUUGUACAUGAAGGAGUUUAUUUUAGUGCAGACAAACGCUCAGGCCAAAUAAAACACCAGAACAUUCGUAGUAGAAGUCAAACAUGAAGAUCUGUUGAUCACAUGCUGGUCUGGGUUUUUUAUGCACAUACACUUGUUUGCUUUAAGUGUCUUGUGAGUUGAAAUGAUGCUAACACACUCUAGAUGAUAACUGCAGGAGCUGAGUGAGCUGAAGCCAAACCUUUGUAAAGUUUCUCUCUUCCUGUUGUUUCAGGAGGGUUUACGUUCAUUCACAUCAUUAAAUAUUGUCCAGGAGCAAAAACAGAAACCAGUGAGGGGAUUUUGAAAUAUGAAUACAUAUUUAACAUGAUUUAUACAUGCUGAUAUCUGCUGUGUGCGAUCCUGAUACACUGAUGUAAGUGUUAGCUGCACAGAUGUUUGAGAUAAUUAACAGAUAGAUAGAAAUCUGAUAGCUGAAGUUAUGGAGAGAGUUGACACUGAAACUUCUGCAAACUGGUGCAUCUCAGAAUUUCAUGGCAAAAAGAGAAAAGAUCCUGAAGCAAACAGUCAAUUCACCUUUUUACAUACAGUGAAAAAAUAAUAUUUACAGUACUUACAUUCCUGAAUAUACUGUCUGCUCCAGGAUCUUUUACCUCUCUGCUUAUAGAGUCUUCUGCAUCAAUUCAAGAUUCAAGCUUUUAUUUGUCAGUUUCUGCCAUAUAAGAGUACAUACACACACGUAUAAAGCUCCAUCUGCUCCUUGAAGUUGAAACAUUAUUGUCGUGUCUUUUGAGGCUAAUCUGUGGUAACACUGUGUGUUAAAUUCAUUAUUCUGUUCAACACGUCGUUUUAUUCUAUUGUUUUGAUUUUGAAAAUAUGUCUAAACAGGAUUGGGGGGUGGAGGGUGUUCUGUGUGUUUGAGGUGUGUGUUUUGUGUUUGUGUUAUUAUUGUUAACUAAUAAGGUGUCAUUAAAAAAAAAUCCUGAGCUGCCAAUCGAUGUGUGAAUGUUUGAACUGUCAGGAAAGUAAUGAUGACCCACCCACUCUGCAAAUAAACUCUUAUGACUAAAUCCUGUCUGAUUGAACAAACACAGAGUCACUAAUUAAUAUACAUAUAUAUAUUAGAGGGUUUGCUUUUCUUUGCUGCUGUUUUUGUAUUGAAUGUAAAAACAGCAAAGGAAAACUUUUUCUAGACAUGACAGGUGUCAAAAUUUACAGGUGAGAUCACACAAUGCAACUCUUUCUUAAGCCCAAACUGGCCUCUAUAUAAACUCAUAACUAUUGACAACUUUACCAUCUUGACCAUUACUGUCUGCUGUUAAGUUUGCUCUACAGUCUGACUGCUCUGCCUCCAGAGGGAAAACUGCCUUCAGCCUAUUCCAUCAACACCAAGGUAAAUCAGAUUUUUAAAGAUUUAUCUAAAUGAAAUAAGAAAGUUGAUGCUGGUGUUAUCUAUGAAAGGUUAGAGACAGAUCUGUUGCUGCUUUGGAUCAUUUAGUUGGAUCGCAUAUGUAUUAUUCUGAUUUGCUCUAGCUUAAAAAUAAAAACAUAUUUUGUGCAAAAAAAGGCCAACAAGUAUUUGUCAAGUUUCUUCUUAGAUGUUCUGUCUUUAGGCAGUGAAAGCAGCUCUCAAACUACGCUUUGAUGGUUUUUACUCUGUAACUGUGAUCUCUAUUGUGUCUUAUUUUGCAGGUUUCUCCUUUGCUGUUUCAUUGAAGAUGAGGAGGCCACAGUUGUUACCCCUAUGUGCCCUCCUUGUUGUCCUGUUUGUGGGAUUCCUCCCAAACCUCCAUGCUCAAGGAAGUAAGUUUAACCAAGUUCAUUUUUCCUUCAGUGAGCAGGUUGUUUCCACUUUGCAGAUGAUGUAUCUGUUUUUUUAGCAAUACUUAGUGGUAAAUAUAUUUAUUCUUCUAUCACGUCAGUAAUAUCGAAUCAUAAAAAGUGGAAAGUUAAUUUUAAAAAAAGACUCAGGGUUAAUAAAAACAGAACCAUAAAGAGGACUAGUACUGGACCAGUGCAAUAUAGACAAUUUCCUGAGGUUGCGAAAAUUAAAUUGUCUCAAUAUUUGAGUAAAACAUCAACAGGUAAUCGUAAGAAAGUGACAGACUUCAACAUACACUCCAGAUUCAGGAUAGGAUGCUAAUUGAACUGUUUUUUUUGUGUAUCCUUUGUUAUUUACCAAAAAAUACUCAAAACCUGUCGAUGAAACUCCAACAUUGUCGUCCUGCUCUCCUUAUUAAUGAAUUCCCUGAACUGGCAGGUUUAAUGGAUGGGCCUCUCACUGUAUGGAAAGGUCAUGGAGGGAGGUUCCCAGGUUAGAAAGUGACAGAAUUUUACUCUAAAGUCAGCUUUGGAUACCAUUUGAACGGUAAUGUAGCGUAUCCUUCUUUAUUUACCAGCUUGGACCGUAACCCGGAAGAAUAGAAACCGCAGGUCCCUUGAUGCUCACACUGGUACUGAGCCCUCUGAGCUUCCCGAUAUUCAGAGGAAUCAAAACUCUGUGUCCAGCCGAUUGGCAGGUAGGUUCCCGCCCGUGAAGAUGACAGAAACAGGUAAGAAAGUGACAAACAUUGAAUUAGCGUAGGACAGUAUUGUAGUGUAUACUAUUUUAUCUUGUGUAAGUUGUUGUAGUCAGGCUGCAGUCUAAGAAACUCAAAAGAAACAGAACAAAACCAAAACAAAGCAUGUGUGCCAGAACUGAUAGGCUGAGUGGUUAAAUGUAAGGUUAGCUUUGGUCGUCUUACUUACAAACAGUAAACUUUUUUAAUAUUUAAUGUUUUAAUAUUUAACUGUUUUAUUUUACUGUUUUCAUGCCUCUGUUUUAUUAUCUUGGGUUUUAUAUUCCAUGUAAAGCGUCUUUGAGUGUUUUUAAAAGUGCUGUACAAAUAAAAUGAAUUAUUAUUAUUAUUAUUAUUAUUAUUAUUAAACUGGUUAAAGAGGACUAGUACCAGACCAGUACAGUAUAGAAACUGUCCUGAGGUUGCAAAACUAAAAUGUCUCAAUAUUUGUGAGUAAAACAUCAACAGUAAAUGGUAAGAAAGUGACAGACUUCAACAUACACUCCACAUUCAGGAUAGGAUGCUAAUUGAACUGUGUUUUUACGUAUCCUUUGUUAUUUACCGGAAAAUCCCCAAAAUGUGCCGAUGAAACUCCAACAUCGUCGUCCUGUUCUCCUUAUUAAUGAAUUCCCUGAACUGGUCAGUUUAGUGGAUGGGUCUUUUUCUGCAAGGAAGAGACGUAGCGUGGGGAUCCCAGGUAAGAAGGUGACAGACUUUUAUGUACACUCCGAGGUCAGCAUAUACCAUUUGAACGGUAAUGUAGUUUAUCCUUCUUUCUUUACCAGAUUGGCUCGUAUACUUCAAGAAUAGAAACAGCAGGUCCCUUGAUGCUCACACUGGUAAAGAAUUCCUAUUAAUUCCUACAGUAUUGUAGUGUAUACUGUUUUAUUUUGUGUAAGCUGUUGUAGUCAGGCUGAAGUCUUAGAAACCCAAAAUAAAAAAAGUCCAAAAGCAGGUGCACCAGAACUGAUUGGCUGAGUGGUCAAACUCAAGGUUAGCUUUGGUCAUCUGACUAUCAGACAGGAAAUUGGUUACACAAAGCUGAAUAUAUCUCAAAACUUUUGUCCCCUAGAGGAGAGACAUCUGACUGGAAGAGAUGUUGUGUUCUUGUUGGAUGGAACUGAUGACACUAUAACUAGCUUCCCAACUGUGCGAGACUUUGUCCAAAGAGUUGUGGAGAGACUCCUUUUUGAUAACAACAAAUAUCGUGUCUCAGUGGUUCAGUACAGCAGAGACCCAACUGUCCAAUUCUAUCUGAACACGUACACCACAAAAGAAGACAUCAUUGAAGCUGUCAGAAGGUUAACACACAAAGGUGGAGAAACCCGCAACACUGGAGCAGCUCUCCAGUACUUGAGGCAAAAUGUCUUCACGGCCUCUGCUGGAACCAGGCUCCAGGAAGGAGUUCAGCAGGUCGUCAUUUUGAUAAGUGGUGGAAGGUCCUCUGACAAUGUGGAUGUGCCAACCUCUGCUCUCAAACAGAUGGGUGUCUUGACCUUUGAAAUUAGAAUCUGGAGCUUUUAUGCUUUUGGGACCCAGUCAUUCACUUUUGUGCACCAUAUUGCACAUUGAGUUUUUGCUUGUAUCUCUUAAAUAAUACAUGCCACUCUGUUAAGUCCUGAUGUUCCUUAGAGAGGACAACCGCAGCUUUAAAAUGAUGUGACAUGUGUGGGGGUGUGGCCUUGGUAACUGUUCUUUUCCUGUAUUUCAAAAUGGCUGGUAUCCCCACAAACACAUUUUCUAGAAAACAGAAAGGUAACCAAGAUAUUUAUAUUUAUUUAUUUAUUUUGUAUUAAUUUUCCAAUAUAAACAUCUAAUAAGAAAUUUGAGUAAGUUUUCAGAACUAAGCUUAUUUAGUUUUACAGGGAAAAUUACCAGUUUAUUAGUGUAUACUGUAGUGCACAUGAGGACUUUGUACUUCAGUUUAUUUCACUUUUUUCUAGUUGACAGAUCUUUGACAGAAUUCCUGAAAUCUUUGUGUGUGUUGAAACAUUAUUGUUGUGUCUUUAUAGGCUAAUCUGUGGUAACGCUGUGUGUGAAGUUCAUAAUCCUGUUCAACACGUUGUUUUAUUCAAUUGUUUUGAUUUUGAAAAUAUGUCUAAACAGGAUUGGGGGGUGGAGGGAAAGGGGCGGGUGUUCUGUGUGUUUGAGGUGUGUGUUUUGUGUUAUUAUUGUUUAAAACUAAUAAGAUGUCAUUAAUAAAAAAUCCUGAGUUGCCAAUCGAUGUGUGAAUGUUUGAACUGUCAGGAAGUAAUGAUGACCCACCCACUCUGCAAAUAAAGUUACAUAACUAUACCCUGUCUGAUUGAACAAACACAGAGUCACUAAUUAAUAUACAUAUAUAUAUUAGAGGGUUUGCUUUUCUUUGCUGCUGUUUUUGUAUUGAAUGUAAAAACAGCAAAGGAAAACUUUUUCUCCACAUGACAGGUGUCACAUGUUAAUUUACAGGUGAGAUCACACAAUGCAACUCUUUGUUAUAGGAUCCAUGUGACUGGAGGCUUAAGCCCAAACUGGCCUCUAUAUAAACUCAUAACUGCUAACAACUUUACCAUCUUGACCAUUACUGUCUGCUGUUAAGUUUGCUCUACAGUCUGACUGCUCUGCCUCCAGAGGGAAAACUGCCUUCAGCCUAUUCCAUCAACACCAAGGUAAAUCAAAUUUUUAAAGAUUUAUCUCAAUGAAAUAAAAAAGUUGAUGCUGGUGUUAUCUAUGAAAGGUUGGAGACAUAUCUGUUGCUGCUUAUGCUUAUUUUGUUGGAUGGCAUAUAUAUUAUUGUAAUUUUCUCUAGCUUAAAAAUAAAAACAUAUUUUGUGCAAAAAAGCCAACAAGUAUUUGUCAAGUUUCUUCUUAGAUGUACUGUCUUUAGGCAGUUUGGAAGUGAUCCAUCCUGGAGAAAGCAGCUCUCAAACUACGCUUUGAUGGUUUUUACUCUGUAACUGUGAUCUCCAUGUGUCUUAUUUUGCAGGUUUCUCCUUCGUUGUUUCAUUGAAGAUGAGGAGGCCACAGUUGUUGCCCCUAUGUGCCCUCCUGGGUGUCCUGUUUGUGGGAUUCCUCCCAAACCUGAAUGCUCAAGGAAGUAA